UCCAAGACGUAUACCACGAUGAUGCUGUCGGUUUCUCUCAUCCUGUCCUUCGCUGCAAUGGCGCUUGCUGGACCACCAGUGCCAAACCACAGGUUCUCUAAGGAUGAACUUCAGCGCUACUUUGGUGUUGACAGCGACGACAAAGCCCCUGAGUACGAGAUAGUAUAUCCGGAAUAUGUGACUGCUGACACCAAGCGCAGUGUGGAUCGUAGUGCCAUUGCAGCAUCGUACCUCGACGUUUACGUCGAUGCAUUCGGUGAGACCCUUCAUAUGACGGUGGAGCACGACGACAGUGGCAUUAAAACUGGACUCGAGGCCGAGUACUUCACUGAUGAGGGCAUCAUCAAGGAGUUUGUCCAAACUGACUGUAUUUACACCGGCAAAGUCGUCGGGGAAGGUGAUUCUCUCGUGUCUGUCACCACUUGCGAGGGUUUGAUGGCGAUUGCGUAUCAUACCUCUGGGCCGACAUACAUUGAACCACUGGAUGAUGAGCACGCCCACAAGAGGGACAUUGGACGUGGUCUCCCCCACGUUGCUUACAAGGAUAAACCGCAAAAUGGUGCCUUUUGCCCUGUUAGAAGUUCAGAGUGCAUUGAAGGAGAUGUCAAGCCAUCGGGGACCAAGUAUCUAAAGCUUGCUUUUGUUGGCGAUGUUCUGUUGUACAAUCUACGCGGAAAUUCCACCCUGACCGCUCUGACAACGGUCUUCAACGCGGUCAAGAAUAUCCUUCAACUCGAUUCACUGGCUGGAAAAAACCUCGUUCCUAGACUGGUGCAUAUGAUAAUCAUCACUUCAGGCAAGCCUGAAUACGACACCAGUUGGAAUCCGUAUCGCUAUCUACCAAGCGCUGCGGAAUGGCUGGAGACGAAAAAUUACCCGUCUUCUGAUGAUCGUCACUGGGACAAUGCUGCUAUAUUUAGCGGAAUGCCCUUCAUUUACGAUUUCCUUGGCCUAGCAUAUAUUGGCGCUUGUGACAGCAAAGAUGCAGCUUCUGUUUCGAGAUUCAUCAGCUUUGACGAGGCCGCCACCACGGCUGCUCAUGAGAUUGGACACAAUCUGGGCAUGUGUCACGACAACGAGGGAAAUAGUUGUUUGCCUUUUGGUCACGUCAUGGCCCCCUACGAGAAUCAGAUCGAACCCAUAUGGUCCUCAUGCAGUAGACGUUACUACAACAGGUUUGUCGACACGAACACUUGUUAUAACGACCCCUAGAUCACGUGAUCGGAAUGCCAAGUGUACAUCAUUGAAAAACUACGCAACGGCUUGAAAAGACAGAAUCCAACUAGCUUUUGAAUACUUAUUAGAUUAGAGCAUUAUUUAUUUGCUAAUUAGUUGCAUCAAUUUGAAAGGCAUAUGUAUAUCUUCGUGCCGAAGUUUCCUCAAUUCAGGUUUUGUGUAUUUGAGUCAAGAUUUAACCUUAGGUUUCAAAACAUUUCAUUUAGACCUCGUACCUUUCAAAGUUGGUUAAAUUACUUCUCAAUUUGCAAAGGGUACGCAUGAAUAGUUAAAUUUGUUUGUUUUUUAUUUGUUUUUGUUUAGUUCAUCUAGGAUUUCUAUUAUUAACGCUAAAAAGAUACUGAUCGGGAACAGCCAAUAUGGUGACGAUCACCAACGCUGUCUCUUGGCCAUUUACCACUAGAAACAAACCGAUUGGAAAGUCACACUCCUUACUUUUGGCAUGGGACUGCGUAAUAAUCCUUGAAUAUCCUUGGAGAAAGUGAAUGGCAGCCUCAAUCAAUGUCCCAAAGUGUCUCCGUUGAAAGAACGUAUUUCAGCGCCCUCUCCGGAUUCAGUCAUAAUUGCCCAAUUGAUCUUUGUCCAAUCACGUUGCUCCCCCACAAAUCCUUUCUUAAUGACUCCUUGUCACCCUGUACUUUAGUUAUUAAAUUAGUAGGUUAAUUACAAAUACCAUCUGUGCGUGGAUUAUGAAAGUGGUACCUUUUGGUUGAUCUAAAUAUGACAUUUUUGGGUUUUCUUGUUAUUAUCAUUGUUAGAUUGGGGGUUGUAAUGCAUAUCAUAAUGUACAUGUCCCAUUAUACAUGUAUGUAUUCACAAUCGCAGGGGCAUACAUUUGCAUGACCCAAUUGGGGUUUCUUUGGUAAAUUAGUAGUUAUUUAAUUUUUGUUGAGGAGUGUUCUGUGUUUGCUUUGGGCCUUCAACCAUUUAUUUAGGUUCAUAUAGAUAUGAUAACACACAAUUAAUGUCAACAUUUAUAACCGCAUCAUAUUUUCUGAGUAACUCUCUUUUAUUGACCACAGUGUAGACCACAGUAGUAAGGGUCAUGACCAGAUAAACAUAUCAUUCCAGCCCGUCAACCUUUUGGCCUCCGAUUCCUUUUCAGUCAAUGUGUAAAAUAUUCCCUGAUAUUGAAUUUUCUUUUCGAUAAUAAAAGAAAUUUUGUUCUCUUUAUAAGCA